AUGCAGAGAGGCAGCUUUCAGCUCCAAGAGAAGAAGAACUUUCUCACACUUGGAGGCUUCUGCCAGUGGAAGGGAGGGAGCAAGCUCCACUUACGAGAAGCAUGCAAGCAGGGGCUGGUGGGGAUUCCGUCUGCAGCUGGGGAGUUAGAUUCACUGGUGCAGCCUCACAGCCCAUGUGCUCAGGGCCUCAGAGCCACGUGUGGUGCCAGUGUCCAGCACCCCAUGAGACGCAAACAUCAGGGGAUCCAGCAAAUACCUCAUUCCCCCUCGGGGCCUGGCCUAGACUGGGUAUGUGUGGUGUGUGUGUGUGUGUGUGUGUAUGUGUGUACUUGUUCAUCUGUCAUCCAUCCAUCCAUCCAUCCAUCCAUCCAUCCAUCCGUCUGUCCAGGGAUUCAUUCAUUCUACAUGCUAAAUGUGGGCCAGGCUCAAGGGACUCAGAGAGGAGAGCCCUCUGGGAGUCCCCAGUCUGGUAGAGGAAGCAGGAGUAGACACAAUGAGAGCACAUUAGAAACAGGCACAGUCACAGAUGGAAGCCAGGUGCUGUGGGUGCCCCAAGGAGGAAUUGCCUCCGGUGGAUUAGGGAAGACUUCCCAGCUAAGGCUUGGAGCACAGGUAGGAGUUCAUUUGGUGCCAAUAGUAGAAAUAGUGGCCAGGUGCAGUGGCUCACGCCUGUAA